CGACACCUGCAGAAAUCCAUUGACAGUGGCGAUGGCCGCCGCGAGUCCGACGCCCACUCCACCGGUGCGAUACAAUGCACUAUCGACACCCGAGCUGGACGGGACAGCGGAACCGCCCCGGUGGAACAUGGGACAACACCCUGAUGACGGAACCCGUCCCAUCGAGUUGCCCGUGUUGCCGGAUGGCAGCCAACAGCAAAGCAUGAGUGGCGGCACCAAGGCCAACUCUCCUGACGUCCCCAUUGGCAAGCUCGAAAUCCAAAUGCAUGAAGACGCUCUACGGCCAAUCGUGACACCGUCCAAAUACAGACCCGACUUCAAGUUUAACAUGGAGCUGGCGCUGCGGACGGCGGUAGGGGUGGUCAUCGCGUCCAUGGCCCUCACAAAGAGCUCCGACUCAACGACGACUCGAUCGCAGUGGGUGUUUUUCCCCGAGUGGUACAUCUUGGGUGGGCUGUCGUACGUGGCGACGGCGACGGUCUUUGGAUGUGGCAGGAAUAUCGGGUCGACGAUUCGCGAGUUGUUCCAGCAACUUACUGGCGUUGGCCUCGCGUUGCUCUUCAAUUUGCUGCUCUUUUCACACUUUGAACCGCAAGUGUUCGACACCGCCGCCGAACUGGAAGCCGCCAAGGCGGACGGAACUCUCAUCCGCAUCUCCAACUCGUUCAGCGGCAGCCCGUAUUACGUCCACGAGCGCGAUUUUUACACAAUAUUGCCAUUUACAAUGGGGCUUACUCUCGUGGCCCUGGUGCUGCCGAUGGAGACCAAUACGAAGAAGUACUUGCUCGGCAACAACCUGUACUUUGCACUGACGCUGGUGAGCCCCAACGACUUGACAAACCCCGCGUUGCUGAAAGCGCCAGGCGAUGACCUGUAUCGAACGUCCAAUCUGCUGCGCAAUUUGAUGGUGUACCUGGUGCUGGGGGUCGCCGGUGCGUGCAUCGCGCAGGUCGUGUUAUGGGUGCCGUACCCAAUCUUUGCGAUCCGUCAACUUCAAACACACACGAUGCAGUGCGCCGACAUGGUCGAGGAGGUGCUCAACCUGUUGGUGGACACAUACUGUUUUAAAAACAAAGACGUGGACCACAUGAACUUUGUCAAACUCAAGCUCCAGCGCAAGUUUGACGUGGCCGAAGCCAAGCUGGCCGACAUGACGACGCUCCUGAGCGACGUGUGGUGGGAGCAACUCGUUGGUCUCCACGUUCCUCUCCAAUUUUGCAAACCGGCGACGAAGCCGUUCGUGGAACUGUUUGGUCACCAGCUGCAGAACCUCCGCGCAUUGAACCAAGCGAUUCUGUGGGAGCGGUACGACGCCUUGCACGACGACUUCAUGAAAGCGCUCCAGAAGCAAGUGUAUCUCGUCCAGCUGCAUGCGACCAAGGUCCUGGACGAAAUCGCCGACGACGUGCACCGCCACGUGGAUGAAAUGGCGCUGCGGGAGCGCGCCAAACUCGAGCAGCACGUGGAGCAGCUAUUGGCCUUGCACCAUGCAACACAGAACAACCUCUUUCACAAGCAUAGCCCGAUGCCGGCCCAAGUCGAAGCGAUGGUCCCCCUCAACUUGUUUCUGUUUACGCUGCAGGCGUACUGCACGACGUUAGUCGAGUUCGAGGCAACGUACAACAGCAAGACCCGGCAAACUCGGCGACGAAUCGUCAAGUUCGUCGAGAAGAGUGCCAAGUCGUAUCUGGAUGCGGCCAACUACACGCGCGAGAAGCUGCAAAUGGCGGCGAAAGUUUGGUUCGCCAUCUUGGCCGCGUGCUUCUUCUCUGUCUACACAUUUGGGUAUUCAUCCACGACCGCCGGCGCCGUCGCCUACGUCAUGGGCAAUCACAUCGGGGGGUCGUUUACCGUGACGGCGAAUCGCGUGGGCGGCGUCAUUGCCGGCAGCAUUAUUCCGUCCAUUUGUCUCUUCUACAUCUGCUCGACGGCAUGCGGGAGCAAUGCCGUGGUGCUGGGGGCGACCAACUUGCUUUUGUUCAUCUGGGUGACGGCUUCCAUGUACAUCAAGUGGAAGGGCGGAUUUGAGUCGUACGGUGGCCUGAUCUCGGCGUUCACGGUUACCCAAGUUCUCUUGAAAGGCUGCGACGGGUGCGAUACGGGGGCAGUCGCGCCAAUUUCGUCGUACUCGAAUUUGGCGCAAAUGAGCCUCGGCAUUGUGCUCUUUAUCGUCGUCGAAAUGGUGGUGUGCCCGCAAAGCGCUCUGGCGCUCCUUCGCGCCAACAUUCAAAACCAAAUGAAGCAGUACCAGCACUGCUUUAGCGUGCUGGUCGACCGGAUGUUGGCCCACGACGGCCGCGACGACAACCGCAGCAGCACCGACAACGAUGACAUCGAAGACGUGGUGAAGGAGCAAUUGCCGGCGUUGCUCGUCGAGCAGGCGGCUUUGCUCAAGGAAGCCGCAUUUGAACCGCUCUUGUGGAAGCCUCCGUUUUCCACGCAGAAGUACGAGGCCGUCUUGGACUGCUGUCAGCGCUUGCUCAACAACACGCUGGUCUUGUUCAAGCUCACGGAAUGGUACAAAUCUCGCACGUCCGGACUGGGUGCCCGGGCAAAAGAGGCCAUGGGCGGACUACAUCGUCUCCCUGUCGGAGAAAACAAGGCGGAAGCGUGGGGGUUUUCAACAGCUGAAGCGAGCCGAGCCAUCCAUGACGCGUUCAGUACAAUACACGACUUGUUUGGCAGCGAGUUUGCGUACGCCGACGGCGACCAGACCGCGCUGUUUAUGCAAAUGAAGGAAGCAUUUCGCAUGGCGGACACAGACUGCAGCGGAGAAAUCGAUGCGGACGAAGUCCAAGCGAUGCUGGAAUCGAUGUUUGCCCAGUCUGGCGCAGUCAAGGUCGACGCAAUCGACACGUACGUGGCCGAAUUCAUGCGGCUCGUGGACACGGACAAGAGCGGACGAGUCAGUUUGGAAGAGUUUGUCAGUGCACUCGAACACGGUUUGCAGGUUCAAGUUCAGGUAUUCCAGCACCGCUCCGCAGCAAGAGCCAUGCCCCAGCGCCAGCCAAGAAUGGGGAACUCCGAGGACAAAGUGUUGGUGUCUAUCGCGGAAGACAAUGUAGCACCGUCGCCGCCAUGGAGUGUCGACAUGGCAACGGCGACAGCCAUAUUGGAAUCACCACAGCGAAAGGUGUCAGCCGGAAGCGGAGCCAGCGCUGACAACAACCGCGUGCUGAUCACUCGGGCACACGACCUCCUACUCAAUGUGGACUCGUUUGGCCUCGUCGAGAUCGUCCAAAAGAUGCGCACGCAGUACGCGACGUGGUUGCUCGAAGGCCACCGGUACAACCGCAUGACAAUGGAAGAGCUCCUCACACUCAACUGCCUUGUCAUGGGAGUCACGGGGCUAGCUCGCAACUUGGCGCUGCUUGAAGAAAUGUCCGUGCUGCAGUAGCCCGCUUUAGCCACGACGUGCUACAAAAGGCACGCCAUGAAAAAGCACACGUCGAGAGAUGCGGCGGAGUUUGAAUCGCAGGUUGAUGAUAUCCAU